ACGACGCAAGAUCUUUCAAACGAAUCUUAAUAGAUAUAUUUAGUGGAAUAAAUAAGGAUAUUGAUCAUUUUAUGCGUAUUUUUUGUGACUUCUGUAAAAAAGUGCGAAGGUUAACAGCAACUUUUCCCCGACCAACAAGUUCCUUAUCCGGGUAUAUAAGGGGCUCCACGAGACACGCGUACUUUCAGUCUACGGUCUGCCGGAAUUUUCAAUCGCAGUGCAAACUUUGAGUGCAAUCCCGACAAAAAAUUUCGAUAAUAAAUGUCAUUACACGGAAAUAGCUCUCGUAGCUUCUACGAAUUAAAGUGACCUCAAAGAGAGAAGAGAGAAAGAGAGAGAAAAACGAAAUAUACAUGUUUGGCGAAAUUCGUUUCUCUCCUAGUGAAAGUAUUUGCUUUUGCGGACACCUCUCUCCCUAUCCUCAAUUGAUUAUUGUUACGGUGUUACGGUUCUACAUUUAUUAUCUAUGAAUGGCGACUGAGGCCGAAUGUUGGAAGAGAAAAAUUUGCAUCAAUCGACUACAUAAAUUAGCAUCGAGACGUAUUCCCAUCUUAGCAUGGCUAUCGAAAUAUGAUUCGGAAAAGUUUCUUAGCGAUUUGAUAGCCGGCAUCACGGUUGGUCUCACAGUUAUGCCGCAGGGACUCGCAUACGCGACAUUGGCUGGUUUGGAACCUCAGUAUGGUCUUUACUCGGCGUUCAUGGGAGCAAUAAUUUACACGAUAUUCGGCUCCUGUAAAGAUAUUACGAUUGGGCCCACCGCACUUAUGGCAUUAAUGACUCACGAUUAUGUGCAAGGGAAAAAUGCAGAUUUCGCGAUACUCCUUGCGUUUUUAUCUGGCUGCCUGCAGUUACUAAUGGCCUGUUUACAUCUAGGUGUACUUAUAGACUUUAUCUCGAUACCAGUAACUGUGGGCUUUACGUCAGCAACAUCUGUUAUAAUCGUCGCUUCACAAUUGAAAGGUCUGUUAGGCUUAAAAAUCUCAUCGCAAGGAUUUUUGGAUACCUUGAUAAAAGUUUUUCAGAAUAUUAAUGACACGAAUCCAUGGGACGCUGGAAUGAGUUUUUCUUGUAUUGUGAUUCUAUUGUUAUUUAGGAAAAUGAAGGAUAUCAAAUUAAAUAACAUUGGUAAGAAGUCAAAGAUCUUUACGAAAAUGAUAUGGUUGAUCUCCACAGCGCGAAAUGCCAUUGUCGUUGUCAUUUGCUCCGCUAUUGCGUACAAAUAUGAUACGUCCGAAUCUGGCUCUCCGUUUAUUCUAACAGGUCCGGUGAGAUCUGGUCUUCCACCAUUUGGCUUUCCACCUUUUUCUACACAAGUAAACAAUCAAACAUUUACCUUCACGCAAAUGUGUUCCGAGUUGAAUACCGGCAUAGUAUUAGUACCGAUAAUAGCUGUACUCGGCAACGUAGCCAUAGCUAAAGCUUUUAUGAACGAGGGUAAAGUCGAUGCCACCCAAGAGCUCUUGACGCUCGGGAUUUGUAACGUUCUUGGGUCUUGCGCGAGUUCCAUGCCAGUUACGGGAUCGUUCAGCAGAUCGGCGGUAAAUCAUGCCAGUGGCGUGAAGACUCCAAUGGGUGGAUUAUAUACCGGAAUUCUGAUUCUGCUGGCUCUCAGUCUGCUCACGCCGUAUUUUUAUUUUAUUCCAAAAGCUUCAUUAUCAGCUGUCAUCAUUUGCGCAGUAAUAUAUAUGAUCGAAUACGAAGUUGUAAAACUAAUAUGGAAAUCGAACAAAAAGGAUCUUAUACCGAUGUUUGUUACUUUCUUGUUUUGCCUCAUCAUUGGUGUGGAGUAUGGUAUCUUGUUAGGUGUUGGCAUAAAUUUAAUGUUUUUAUUAUAUCCCUCCGCAAGACCUACAGUCCACAUCGACAAAUGUACAACUGAUUCUGGCGCAGAUUACUUGUUGAUUACUCCAGGAAAUAGUUUGUAUUUUCCAGCUGUUGAUUUUAUAAAGCAGUCAGUUGGUAAUGCUGGUAUAAAGCAAGGAUCAAGUCAAGUGCCAGUUGUUGUCAAUUGUAGAUAUAUUUUAGGAGCAGAUUUUACGGCUGCUAAGGGUAUCAAAACAUUGAUUAAUGAGUUUAGUAGUCGUAAACAGGCUUUGUACUUCUAUAAUCCAAAAUCAGAUGUUGUUACUGUCUUGAAAGGCGCCUGUGGCGACGAGUUCCAAUACGUUUCGACUCAGGAAGAGCUCUCUUACUUGUUAUCGACAACUCAAAACAAAUCUUCGCAACAAUUUCUCGAGCAAACACAUGACAAAUUAUUUGCGCCUUUAGCAUCAAAUAAUUCAGAAAUGGUUCAUAGAAAUACACGUGGUUCCUGUCAUGAGCUCAGCGAGGUUACAAGCACACUGUUACAUAUUACUGCGAGCUGAAAUUAAAUCUUAUUUGAUCUUGUACGUCAGUACAGGACAAAAAGUUUUAAUUAAAUAGAAUGUAAUAUAAUCUCUUUAUUUGAUAUUAAGCAUACAAAACAAUAAAUUAAAAGCGAUAUAUAGAAAUAAAGUCAUUUCUUAACA